AUGGGGUUUGUAUCCAGGCCGAGCAGAAGGGACCACGGUCGACGGGAGCCCAGCCUGUUCCUGGAGAAAUACGGCUACAUCAGCGAGCUGGGGGCUGGCACGCACAGCCACGAGGAGUUCACGGAGGCAGUGAGGAGAUGGCUUGCUGCUCAGAUGUGGUUGCAGAGGCAAAUCCUUCUUGUUUUAUCACCUGGAUGCAUUCCUGACAGCAAGGCACGGGGCUCUCUGGGGGAGAGCCGCGCUGCCGGGGCACGUCGGGCAGCCGCCGCCCGGCGCCGCAGGCGCACCCCGCGGCACGGUGGGAGGUGGUACAAGCGGCACCUGACCUACCGGGUGGUGAACUGGCCCCCCUACCUGCCGCAGCACGAGGUGCGCCUGGCCGUGAAAGCCGCCUUCGAGCUCUGGAGCAAUGUGUCCUCGCUGGUGUUUUGGGAGGCGCGGGACGGCCUGGCUGACAUCCGCCUGACUUUCUUCCAUGGGGACCACAACGAUGGACUCAACAACGCCUUCGAUGGGCCAGGAGGUGCCCUGGCUCAUGCCUUCUUCCCCCGGCGUGGAGAAGCCCACUUCGACAGCGCCGAGCGCUGGUCCCUGCACAGCGGCAAAGGGCGCAACCUCUUCAUCGUGGUGGCACACGAGGUUGGCCACACGCUGGGGCUGGAGCACUCUCCCGUCAAGAGUGCCCUGAUGUCUCCCUACUACAAGAAGCUCAGCAAGGAUUUUGUCCUCAGCUGGGAUGACAUCUUGGCUGUCCAGAACUUGUAUGGGAAGCCCUCCAAGGGCUCAGCCAUCCAGCUCCCGGGAAAGGUCUUCACUCACUUCCAGGACUGGAGCACAGACCUCUACGGCAGGGACCAGCAACAGAGGAGCCUCAGCGCCUAUUACUGCCACUCCUUCUUCGAUGCCAUAACUGCUGAUGCAGAUCACAACCUCUACAUCUUCAAGGGCAGCCACUACUGGGUGGUGCCAGCAAGUGGCAAUGCCAGCGACCCGCAGCCCCUGCAGACGCGCUGGCCUGGCCUCCCUGCUGGCAUCGACGCCUGUGCCUGGUCCCAGCUCAGCGGCAAGUUUUACUUCUUCAAAGGUGGCCGAUGCUGGUGCUACACAGGCUCCACCUUGGCGGCAGGUUUUCCCCAGAAAUGCAGCGCCCGUGGCCUCCCGCGGCACCCCGACACCGCACUCUACUUCCAGCAGCUCCAGCGCCUGGUCCUCUUCAAAGGACCCAAGUACUUCGUGGUGAGCGAGGAGACCCUCAGCACGGAGCCCUACUACCCCCGCAGCCUGCGGGACUGGGAGGGCUUGCCCCCUGGCACGGCGGGCGCCCUCAACCAUCGCGACGGCUUUGUCUACUUCUUUCGGGAUGACCAGUACUGGCAAUUUGACCGGGCGAAACUGCAAGUGGUGGCCACCGGCAAAUGGGCCACCCAGUUACCCUGGAUGGGCUGCUGGGAUGCAAAUGGUGGGCAGCUCCUCUUCUGAGCAGUGUGCUGGGACAAAAAGGGGAGGCUGAACCCCACCUUGCUCACCGCUGCCUGGAUCCUUUAUUUGACUCUGGAUUCCUGUCGGGGAAGGGUUCGGCAGGGACCGGCAGGCCGGGGCUGCCUGCGGACGGCUGGAGCUGUGGGUCAGUGGAGCGAUGCCCUGGCGCAGCGGGGAUGCAGCUGUCAGCCCAGGCAGUUCUGCUGUGGCCAGGGGGGCUGGAGGCUUUGGGAGACAGUAUUUUUUUAAAAAGACCACAAAAAAGGGGCACAAGCCAUGGAGACUGCAAACACACCCAUUUCUGUUAAAGUUCAGGAUAUUGUUACAUGUUGGUUGUUUUUGUUUUUUUUUAAAGCAGGACUGGGGUUUGUUGCUACUUUAGCUGUUAUUUUCCCAUGAUCAGGCAGAGAAGUGUCUCGCUGUUGCUUGGUCUGGGGCUUGAGUGGUUUUAAAUAAGAGACUGAGAAUAUUUCCUGGCUAGACAAAAAGAAAAGAGACAUUUGGACAAAAAUACAGGUCUGUGU